AUGAAAGGUCGUAGUUGGAGCCCUAUCGGGGCUCGCCGGAGGGGGCUGAAGUCGUUCACCGCACGGAUGACACUUCGGCUUCUGGCAAUUGCUUCCGUCGUUGUCAUGUAUCAUUUAUUGGACCUUCAUUUCCGCUAUCGAGAGGAUAUGAGAGUCAAAUAUCUCCCGACGCAGUUCGACUCCCUUUCGGAUUAUGACGAGGCCAUCCUUUCAAGCACCAGAUGGGAAGUCGAUUCCGAUACCGCAAGUUCUGGACGUGGCAUCUUACUCGACAACCGGCGCCAUUGGAAGAAGCUUGGAAAAGGCAGGGAGGGUGAAACAUUCACAUUCAACAAUACUGUCAUCAAAGUCUACAACGAGGAAACCAGUCCUUUUCGGAAUUGCAUUCAAGGCACAGAUGCGUCUGCGAGAAGAUGGCCCACAGAGAUACCUGCGAGUCUGAUCAUGGGCGGACGCAAUGACGGCUCGAAAUUACUGGACGAUGAGCGAUACAGAGAGCACUUCGUCCCUGUCAAAGACUACUUUUUGGCUGCUACGGAACCGUUGGGGACACCGAGAUGGCACUUCGUCUCUCCGUUCCUCAAGUCAGGCACCCUUAAACACUUGGCGAAGAAGCUGCGUAAAUCUAGCAACCGGCACUCAUAUCGUGAGCUCGAUCAAAUGUUCAGGCCAUCUUUCGAGUCGCUCCUCUCAGCACUCGAUAGCUUGCACAUGGCGCACGACCUGUGUCACGACGACGUCAAGCUAGAAAACAUCUUCGUGGCAUCCGAGCAUGAUCCUAGAAAGUGGAAAAUCGGCGACCUUGGCAACGCGCGCGAGCCCGAUCACCCAUAUCACUAUACGCCGCUGUGGGUUGCGGACACGCCUCAGCUUCGCGACUGUCGCGCCAACGAUGCGCUGCGCCUGACGAAGGCGUACUUCCAAUUCCUUCGCGCCUCGAGCGGGAACCCCGACGCUCGCCCGCUCCCUGACGCCGGUCUCGGCGGCGCAGAUUUGGCAGCUCUCGGCUGUUUACCCACCCCAAUUGGUUGGUGAUAAAACGCCGUGGAUGACGAUGCAGCCUACACAAGUUGGGUUUUCUCGCGGCUGGGCGCCAACGGCCGAGGCCUUACUUGGUUGGAAGGGGUCCUUGAGAAGUGCCGUGAAAAAGGAGCUGAGGGUUGGAGCCAAGGAGAGCAUGGGCAGACUUUUCGGAUUGACCCGACUUUUGGGAAUCCCAGUUGAAGCUUGUCAGGCUACCUGAGGCCUCGGAAUUGAGCCUCAGGAAUGGAUUGAGGAGUUUGAAAAGGCUUAAUAUUAAGAAGAGGCCAGAGUCAUCGUAGA